AUGGCAGAACAACGUCAAAAACUAUUGGAACAAGAUCGGGUGAAUAGGGCCACCAAAGAAGCCAAUUCGAGACUGAAGCAUGCCCUUGGAGUAAAACAGCAAGCAUGGGAAAAGGAAAGAGAGCACCUUCACCAAGGAAUGGUGCAUCAGAAACAAGAACUCUCCAAUUCUCUCAAUCAAUCGAAACUGGAAGUUGAGAAAAUGAAGCAACAAUUGGAAUUGAACCAGACGAAGAUGGCGACUUUGGAACAGGAAAAGAAGACGAUGAGUGACCAAUUCAGAGUGAAAACAGAGGAAAUGCAAGGAGAGAUCAACACUCUGAAGGAGGUUGCAAAGAAAUUGGAGAAAGAAUUGGUCAGCGUUCGACGGCCACAAGGGUCAAUUGAAGGUUCAAUUGGCGAAUUGGAACAGAAGGUGAAGCAAGAACAAUACCAAUUAGAGGCGAAAGACACCCGAAUUCUACAAUUGGAAAGUCAAGUCCGUGAAUUGGGAGCACUUAAUGAAGAUUUAAUGGCCAAAUUGAACAUAGUACCAAUAAAUGUAUCAGACGGGGAAGACGAAGAAGUGACUUUAGAAUUGUAA